GAAGUUGCGAUGCCUGACGUGCUGUAUGAAGACGUGAUCGAGGUGGACGAGCGAGUCGUCCUCCAGCGAGACGACUGCCAGCUGAUGAGGAAAGAUCUGAAGCGUGUCGUAACAGGAAGUACAGGGGAUUCCUUGGAAGUGUGGAAGGAAGUGGAUCUGGAUCAGGUGGAGAAAGACCUGAGAGCGGUUCUGUCCCGCGGCAUCACCAGCGUGGCCGUUCUGCUGCUGCACUCGUACACGUGGUCCGAUCACGAGAAAGCCGUGGGCUCUCUUGCGCGACGCCUAGGCUUCACGCAGGUGUCUCUUUCCAGCGAGGUGAUGCCGAUGGUGCGAGCCGUCCCUCGCGGCUACACGGUCUGCGCCGACGCCUACCUCACGCCCAAGAUUCAUCAGUAUUUGAAAGGCUUCACCUCCGGUUUUAAGGGGGAAUUGAAGGACGUGGAUGUCCUGUUCAUGCAGUCCGAUGGAGGUCUGACUCCCAUGGAGCAGUUCUGCGGGUCCCGGGCCAUUCUGUCCGGCCCGGCAGGGGGUGUGGUGGGAUACGCCAUCACCUCCUACAACCAGAUGGAGAAAAAGCCUGUGAUUGGCUUCGACAUGGGCG